AUGGCCGAGCCAGGCGCCCCGGCCGGCCGCGGGGCAGCGGCGGCCGCCCGCCCGCUCCGCGGCGCCUGGGCCCGGGGCCGAGCCCGCCGGAGGAGGACCCCGAGGGGGGCAGCGCCCGACUACGUGGUGCACGAGACGGACGACGACGUGCUGCUCAUCAUCUCCAGCGUCGGGGCGCCGCCGGCGCGCGCCGCCGGCAAGAAGAGGCCGAAGAGGCGAGCGCCCCCGGGCAAGGCUGCCCCGGCGAGGAAGAAGAGGCGAGAGGAAGAAGAGGCCCCGGAGCCGGCUCCCGCGAGCGGCGAGGCUCCGGUGAGCCCCGGCAGCGCUGCUCAGAGCUCCUGGGGCGAGCGCUUGCCGGUGGAGAUCCUGGUGCGCAUCUUCCAGCCGGUGGUGGCCCGCGACGGCGCCGUGCCCUUCCUCUGCAGGGCCGCCCGCGUGUGCCGGCUGUGGUACGGCGCAGCCUCCAACCCCGUGCUUUGGCAGAAGGUCUCAAUGGGCUUCUGCUGGGCAGAGCCAGGCAAGAAGCGCCCGCCACUGCUGGAGAAGAGGGUCCUGGGCACGGUGGAGUGGCUGGCCGCGAGCAGGUUUUCGCUUCUCCGGGACUUCGUCCUUUGCCACUGGAAGAGCCACGUGCCCUUCGUCCUCAAGGCCCUGCAGGACUCCUGCCCCCUUCUCGCGUCCCUCAAGCUGUCCCACUGCAGCGGGGUCACCACGGAGUCCCUCACCAGCCUGGCCACGCGCUGCACCCGGCUCGACAGCUUGAACCUGCAAAACUCCCAGGUGGACUCGUCGGCCGUGGUGACCUUCCUGGAGGUGGCCGGCACCCGGCUCCAGCAGCUCUGGCUGACCUACAGCUCCCGGAUGACGGCGAUCGUGGCUGCGCUGGCGAGCGGGUGCUGCCCGGGGCUGCGGCUCCUCGAGGUGAACGCCGAGAUCAAGCAGAGCAGCCAGCACUUCCAGGUCCCCGUGGAGCAGCUGCAGGCGGCCUGCCCUCAGCUGCAGGUGCUGCGCCUGCUCAACGUGGUCUGGUCGCCAAAGGUGAGUCCCCGGGCGGCCCCGGCGGGCCCCGGCUUCCCGCAGCUGGAGGAGCUCUGCUUGGCCACCACCUCGUACUCCUUCGUCAGCGACGGCGUCCUGCGGAGGAUCCUGCACGCCUCGGCGCGGCUCCGCGUGCUCGACCUGCGCGGCUGCGCCCGCGUCACGCCGCAGGGGCUGCAGGCGCUCCCCUGCCCCGACCUGGAGCAGCUGCACCUGGGGCUGUACAGCAGCGCGAGCCAGCUGCUGCGGCCCGCCCGGGGCAGCGCGCUGCUCACCUGGAAGUGGCGGCACAGCCUGCGCGACCUCGACCUGGCGGGCCAGAGCUUCGGCGAGCGGGACCUGGAGCAGGCGCUGGCGGCCUUCGCCCAGGGCGCCGCCCGGGCCGCCCUCCGCUCCCUCAACCUCACCGGUACCAAGGUCACCCUCGACACCGUCAGCGCCCUCAUCCUCGGCUGCCCGACCCUCACCUACCUCAACCUGUCUUCCUGCCGCUACCUGCCCCGCGGGAUGAAGAAGGCGUACCGGGGCCAAGACGACGUCCGCCAGUGCUUGCACCGGCUCCUCGCGGCCGCCGACGAGCCCUCGGCCCAGCGCAAGGCCUAGGGAGACCCGUCCCGCGGGUGCAGCCGGGCGGCCGGCACCCCGCGACCGGGACCCCCUCGGGCUGCAGCAAUAAGGACUCAGGACGUCCCCGCUCCCGCCCCGGCCCCCCUUUUUUUUUUUAGGGUUUUCCCAGGCGCUGCGGCGCCCGGCGCUGCACAAUAAAGGGCUGUUCUCCCUGCGG